GAGAGAGAGAGAGACCCCAGCGACUGAGUGGAGCUUCAUCCAGACGCACAGGACGCGCGCACGGAGUUGCACAACCAGCGCGCAAAAAGGAACUCCAGAAAAGACGCAAAAAAAAGCAUCAGUUUUGCUUCACAUUUACUACAAGUGGAUAUUUUUUUUGACACUUAGAAGGUUUUUGUCCAGUUUCAGUGCGUUUAAAAUCGCCUGGAGCGCACGGAUUGGUACUAUUAUUAUUAUUGUUUUACUUGUGAAACCAUGCAUCGGUGCGCGGCGUUGCUGCUGUUAAUAGUGGCCUUAUACUUCCUAAACGCAGAAGCCUAUAAGUGCAGAUGCACCAGAAAAGGACCAAAGAUCAGAUACAAGGACGUACAGAAGCUGGAGAUCAAACCCAAACACCCGUACUGCCAGGAGAAGAUGAUAUUUGUGACAAUGGAGAACGUGUCUCGGUUCAAAGGUCAGGAAUAUUGUCUUCAUCCCAAACUUCAGAGCACCAAGAAUCUGGUCAAAUGGUUCCGCAUCUGGAAGGACAAGCACAAGGUGUACGAAGCCUAAAACCACCACUCCCCAACAAAUAUGGAUAAAGUAAGACAGAAAAAGACGACACCAGGACUAUUUUUGUGAAGUACGAGAUGUAAUCCACGAUCAAACUGUACUUCUCCUUCUUCUGCCUGAGGUUUAUCAAGAAAAUAUCUCUCUAUAUAAAUACUUAUAUAUAAGCUGGUGGGCUGGUUUUAGCCGGUCAUCAGUCUAGUUACAGUCACUCACCACUUCAGUCUUUACAACUGUAGUUACUCGUCAAGUAGUGGAUGAGACAUGGUUCGAGCAGUUGUAGGUUGGUUUGGUUUUUAUUUAAAGGGACUUUUGCUUUGACUUUUAGACUUAUUUCGAAGUGAAGAAUGUGUAAUUUUGCAGAGACUGGCAAACCUUCUUCUGAAAAUGUGUGUGGGUGUUUUAAAGUUUCCGAUUUUUGCUGUUAUUCACCACGACAGGUACGAUAUUUGUACAAUGCCAACAUUUAGCAGCUGUGCUUAAGAGUCUAAAAUGCAGCGACAAAGUUUUUAUUCACUGUAUUUGUAUUAGAGUCACUCAGAGCGUGGUUACAUAUAAAACAGUCAGACAGAGGAGAUCCAUCACUGUGUGUCAUAUGUGUCAAACACACAACACUCAUUUUGUAAAAUACUAUCUCACAUAACCUGCAAGAUAUAGAUGCAGUAGAAAAUUAAAUAAUGCAUUUCAUUCAUACGUGCCAUGGCUACAUACAGUACAGUUUAUGGAAUCAAGUUUUAUUCAAGAAAUACUUUAAAAUAUUUCCCCAGGAUGAGACUAAAUGUGUUAUGAAGAAAUAUCUCAUAAAUCUACUCGUAGAAUCAGAGAAUUAAGGUGAAUGUGGUAAAAAAAGGUAAGGAUAGAGUCGUUCUGUGUUUUAUUUAUUGUCGACCAAGCUCAUGAAAAGACCAAAAACACAUCUGUCAGUCCCCUAGAACAGGUCAACUUCAAACCCAAAAGUGAAAUUCAAUGUCUCUUCAGGAUUCAAAUCUACAAAAAUACAUGAUUUCCUGAAUAUUUAGAUUUUUUUCCAGACUUGUGUUGAACAAUUUGCAGUAGAAAUAAGUCAGAGAGGGAAUGUUCUACUGUUCAUCGCAGGCAAAACUGACAUUUAAUGUUAACAUCACAUGAGUUAGAGACAGAAUUGUUUUGUUUUUUUAUUCUGAUUUUGUCCAUUUUCAUUUGAGAGUAAAGCACUUUUUUUUCUUCCCUUUAUUUUUCUGUUGCAGAUGAACAAAGAAAUAACAUUAACCCAAUCCUGGCAGAAAAAUAAAAAUCCACAUAUACAGAAAAUACAUACUUAAAAGUAAUUACCAUAAAAUGGAAGAUUUUCUAGAUAAAAAGAAAUAGUAAAUAAAUUAAAUAAAUAAAACUAAAUAAAUAAAUAAAAAAAUUAAUAAAAUGUCAAUACAAUUAUAAAAUUAUAAAAUCAGGCCAUAGUAGUGUACAACUGUAGCACAGAAUAGGAAAUCAAGUGAAGUGAACAUAUAUGAACUCAUUGUGUUUUCAUUUUGACGUGAACAGUCUCAAUGGCUCAUAAUGAACUGAAGUUUAAUAGUGUUCAUUUUACUCAGUUGUCGACCCAAUAAAAACAGGACUUUGUGACUCAUUUGGGACCCUGAGAUCCGAACUUUUUCUAGAUUACAGGUUAUUAUCAUGUACUUGCAUUUUUAAAGACACCCAAAUAUCUGUAAAACAACAGGGAACUGUAGUUUUUAAUGUUACGCAAACUCAAACGGAAUAAAACAGUGCAUAUAAUGACAGUUUACAGCUGUUUAGUACAGAUUAUUUUACUACUGUUCAACAAUGUGGAUCAGUUAAAUGCUGUUGUCCAUAAACCUGGCAUGAUUUUAUUCUCACGUUCCUCUUUUUAUUCCUAUUUAUACACAUCAGUGUCACCUUUGACCCAGUGUAAUGGUUAUAUACUGAGUCCAAGUUACAUUUUAUCUAUUAAGAAUAAAUUACAUUUUCACAAUAAUUUCACGAGAAAGCGGUUAAACUAUUUUAUUCCAACUUUAUGGACAACAGUGUAGAAAAUUCAGCUAAAAAUAUAAUAUAUAAAUACGUGUUUCUUUAACAGUCAUUAAAAAGAAAGAUUAUUUUUGGUCUUUUAAUGGGUUUUUAAUUCAUUUACAAUCAGAAAAACAGAACGACUCUACACUUACUCAGUGGGAUAUUCUCCAUAUGAUCAUGUUGUAGCAAAAUCAAGCAACAUUUUACAUAUAAAACUGUCCACAUAUCAACACGUCUCACUGCAGCAAAUGUUUCAAUAUUAGUCAGGUAUUUCAUUUGUACUAAUGUGUGGUCACUGGUGAACGUCGCUGGUGAACUUUACGAUCUAAUCUCCUCCAGUAGAUCUGAACUGUACUGUUAAAUGUGUUAUUCUUUUGUAUGCUGUGGAUACACUUUGUAAUAAAGACUGUUGGGUGUUGUUUUGUUGCCACCAAACAGAAUUCAUACACAGAUAUAUCUGCAUAUUUACAAAACACCACAUUUUCUGUACCUUUUGAAGAAUGUGCAUUACUCUUGUUUUAUAUCAUAUAUAUAAAUAUAUAUAAAGACGCAUUUUGUAAAUGGACCAAUAUAGCCUGUAUGUUAGUGAGGAUGACUUCACCAUAGGACUUUAUAGUGUCAUGUAUAUUAUAUUACUGCAUUAUAGUUGUUUUGCUAUUUAAAUCUCGGGUCGGUAACACGUACACACAGUAAAAUACUGAGUGUAAUACAUAAGCAGCAAUAAAGUGUCUAUACAUCAAA